AUGGAUGGCGCCCCUCGUCAUGUUGUGGAAGCACAGUCUUAUGGCCCCCUUAUCACUUUGGCUGCCAAUCCGCCUCGCUAUCCCAGGAAUCCGUGCAAGGCUCCUCUAAAACCGUUGGUACUGUAUAUUGUCCGUGUCCCAGGCAGCAGAGAUGUUUUCCUUUCCCCGCUCAAACCACCAACCGAAUGCAGUAUUUCACCAGCUCUCAUCGAGGCUGCCCUCUAUUAUAUCCACGUCUCAACCCCAGAGGAUGAGGCUGUCCUGUCUGCUAUCGAAAAGGAAAAAUGCUUGAAGGAAACGCCCCUGGAGGCCAAUCGACCCCCUUUUCCCGUCGCCCCGUCGGUUCGCCUCCAGAGGAAACCCGUGCCGCGUGGCGAGGUAAAGCCGCCUUCAAUCCCCAGGCGGCCAGUGUCAUCCGAUACAAGCAUAUCCUUUCAAACCGGCGCAGGGAACGAGUGUCGUCACUCACAGGGCCCUGGCGCAGUUGGGACACCGCCAGAUGGAUUUCCAGACGCACAGAGGAUCCCCACCGUCACCCGGCGACCUAUACCACCUAUACCUCUAGAUCCGGCUAAACACCUUUUCCCCGAGUCAGCCCUGAAUUCUACCGAUCCUAGGACUGGAAAUGGUCAACCGAGAGGCGGCGCACAGCCCAUGAAUUCGUUUGGGAAAGGGGAAUAUUUAACUUUCCCCUCGGCUCCCGCCUCGCAAGGAGGACCCCAAGGACGAGCUAGCUGGGAUGGUGGACGAUCAUCCAUCCUGCACGAGCAGGAUCCACAUCGUAAUGUUGGAUCAUCCCCUCUUAAUCCCGAACAGUCUUCCAGGGACCGACGUAGUUCUCCCAAUUUCUUCCAACAUGGACGGCGACGCCCUAGCGAAAAGUCUAGGAAACCCCCUUCCCCUUUCCACCUGACACUUAUACGGAGAGAUACUACCCACAACAUACAGUGGAACGUCGGGGGUAUCACGAAUUGCACCUCCCAGUCGUCCCACGAAGUGGCACUGGAUGGCACCAUAACCAUCGAAAUUCACACGCUGGGAUAUAAGAAACUCGCCGCUGAGAAAUUGCGUUUCUCCGCAGAAAGCCCCACCACUCCCCACCGCGACUCCACCAACGCCUGUGCGGGCGAUUCACAGACGUUCAUCCGCCACCUCACCCUCACCAACCCGCAAAGCCAUGGCCGCCAUCACAGCAACUCCUCCAUUAACAGCCUGCCGUCGCCGGACCAGAUCCUCACGCCCAAAGAGUCACUACCCUCCUCAAAACCACAACGAGGCAGAUAUUACACCUUCAAAUCACCCUGGGACGGCACCUGCACCUUCAUCACCGGCAUAAACGGACGCAGUCUGAAAUGCAAACACACAAUUCCAAUCACGGCGAAGAAUUCGUUCGCAGGUCUAAAUCUCCAAGACCUCGUCAGCGGCGCCAACAAGAACAGCAACAACAACAACAACAACAACCCCAAUGCCGACAUGUCGCAGCCCCAUCUGAACCUGCAAAAACUGCAAUCAGCCCUCGAAGCCUCAGCCGCGGCGCCCCUACCGUCACCCCCGUCCCCGCCCGCGUCCGCGUCCGCGUCCGCAUCCCCGCCCGGCUCCACAGCAACAGCCGCGGAACUCCGUUUCAACCUGCCCAUCUUCACCGCGCCACACAGGAGUCACCAGCACGAGAAGAACGGCGCACACGCGCCCAGCGGCGGCGCGGGCAAUAACAAUAACACCCACAGCGACAAUAGCCACACGCACCCGACUAGGGCCAGGCUCCGCAGCCAGGUGGAGGAGUUAGCGAGCCGUCUGGAUCUCAGUCUGGCGCGCGAGCGGGCGGGCGGGGGCGCGUUUGGCAAGAGCGCAAAGCUGGGCAAGCUGAUUAUCGAGGAUGAGGGGUUGAAGAUGCUGGAUUUGGUCGUGGCGGCGUGCAUGGGUGUUUGGUGGGGGGUUUAUGACAAUUUAUCGUGA